GUGAACGGGACAUCAAUUUCACUGAAGAUAGACACCGGGGCACAAGUAAACAUUUUAUCGUGGAAAGAGUUCCUGCAAUUUAGAAAAAAAACAAAAGUCACUCAGAAGCAAAUCAAUCUGUGAACGUACAACGAUGAGCCCAUUCCGACCAAAGACUGGGAGAUGAAGCCUAGCUGCGAUCUAAACAUCACGGAGGAGCUUCAGACGGCGCAGAUGGUGCUCUCCGUUCCGACCUUCGUCCUGGGGCUCAUGGGUAACGUGGCAGUGCUGGCGAUGUUCUGCGGCAGACGAGGACAAUCCUGGACCUACAUGAUGGUGUACAUCACAAACAUGGCGUUAGCCGACUGCACCGUCCUGUUCUCUCUGCCAUUCAAAAUGUACUCCUACCGGAACGAUUGGCCAUUUUCAACGGACUUCUGCUUGGCUCUGGUCUCCGUUUACUACGUGAACACGUAUGUCAGCAUCUACACCGCCACGGCCAUAAGUGUGGUGCGAUAUGUGGGUAUAAAGUACCCUUUCAAAGCCAAAGAGAUCCUGUCUCCACGGAAGGCCCUCCUUGUGUGCGCAUUCAUAUGGGUUCUUAUUUGUUCCCUUAGCGCAUGCUUCCACCUCGUGGACGCUCCAGGAAAGAACACGACCCGGAUCACUUGUUUCCAAAAACUCAAUAAGAACCCUUUGCCCAUUUCCUUCAUACUGGUGUUGGAGCUGUUGGGCUACGCCCUGCCCCUGAUCACGAUGAGCUUCUGUUCGGUCCAAGUGAUCCGCGCCUUGUCGAAGCAGACCAGCGCAGGCGCUCGGACGGACAACAAGAUCCAGUGCAUCCGCAUCAUGGCAGCAAACUGGGCCGUCUUCGUCGUAUGUUUUACCCCGAUUCAUUUUGGGUUCCUUCUCAAGAACAUUGUAGAGUUGUAUGAGGUGGACUGCGGUCUAUUGAGGAGGGUACAUCGUUUUAUGCACUUUUCCCUCGUGAUAGCAAACAUGAACUGCUGCCUGGACGCGUUCAGCUAUUACUUCGCCACCAGAGAUUCUUGGAAGAGGCUCCCAACAUGCUGCCAAUCAAAAGCAGGGAUUUCACAAAAUGCAAUUAUUUAACCGACAGCUUACCCAAUCAAAGUUCAGCUUCUCAUAUCGUGUAUUUUCCAAAGUUAAUAUGAGCUUGAGCUUUACCAGAACAAUCUGUUUCAGUGACUGUCUUUAAGGCUCACUGACCUCAACGAACAUCCAUACCUCACUAACUGAACGCCGUCUGAACCGAGUGCUUGGAUUAGCGGUGGCUAAAAGGUGGGGCAUGCUGAUGCAUACGACCAUAUCGUUGUGAUGCCACUACUUCACGGAAUUCCAAACAGCUUGUUUAAAUGCACAUUUUCUUCGGAUUGUGUGGAUUUAUUUGAGUGUUCAUUGUGAUACAAAAUCACUGUGAA